GCCGAUACUGUUCGCGGAAGUGAACGAGGUGAGUCGGAACAGACAAACAAAUAAGUUGCUGUGCGUUCUUCAUCUAUAUUUGCCUGUAGACGACCACAAUCAUCAUCAUCAUGCUAGGAGGAGGAUUUAAAGCAGACAAGUUAAAAGUGAAUCUCCGGCUGGUCAUCAACCGACUCAAACUUCUUGAGAAAAAGAAAACUGAACUUGCUCAAAAGGCGAGGAAGGAGAUCGCAGAUUACCUGUCAUCUGGAAAGGAUGAGCGUGCACGGAUUCGCGUGGAGCACAUUAUCAGAGAAGACUAUCUGGUGGAAGCCAUGGAGAUCCUGGAGCUUUACUGCGACCUGCUGCUGGCUCGCUUUGGCCUCAUUCAGUCUAUGAAGGAACUGGAUCCAGGCUUACAGGAAGCAGUGUCCACAUUAAUUUGGGCAGCACCUCGUCUUCAGGCAGAAGUGAAUGAACUAAAAACUGUGUCUGAGCAGCUAUGUGCAAAAUACAGCAAGGAGUAUGGCAAGCUGUGCAGGACAAACCAGAUUGGCACCGUCAAUGACCGACUGAUGCACAAACUGGGCUUAGAGGCCGCACCCAAGAUCUUGGUGGAGCGCUACCUGAUAGAGAUCGCUAAGAACUAUAAUGUGCCUUAUGAACCAGACGCCAUGGUCCAGCCUGAAGUGUGUCCAGGAGAGGAGGCAGACCUGAUUGACGUGGACCAUGACAGGAAGCCUGGAGGAGGUGGUGGAGGAGGAGGAGGUGGUGGUUUCACUGCCCCCCCCGCUGGUGCUAUGCAUAUGCCCAUGCCCAUGCCCAUGCCAAUGCCAAUGCCGACAGCUUUCAACUAUCCACCUCCCAAAGGAGCCGAACCGUUUCAUGCUCCUGUUGGAACCUAUGACAACUUCCAGCACCCCAUGGCAGGAGGGCAGCCCCCUCAGCUGCCCACUUCUCCCCCCACAUACGAGUCCAUUGAUGACAUAAUUGACACGCCUUCUGUUCCUUCCCAGGCUGUAGGUCCUCGGGCUGCACCUCGGCACUUUGACACUCUCCCAGAGCUCCCCUCCGUUCCUGACACGCUCCCCACGUCUUCCUUUGGCGGCGUCAGCACCAACACGGAUGACAUCGACUUUGACGAUCUAACGCGGCGGUUUGAGGAGCUGAAGAAGAAGACUUAAAUUCUAUAUUCUUGGUUUACACACACACACACAAUUACACUCACACACAGGUCUGUUUCAUCAGCUCGGAACAGGAAAAUCGAAAAUGGCUCAAGGCCGUGUAUCAGAUUUUAAUAGUUCUCCUCCCCCUUCCACAGUAAUCACACAUACAUGUAUUUUUACCUCAUUUAUAUAAAUAUGACAAGCUUUGGUUGAUCAUUGAGCCUCGUCAGUGAUCAGAUAUCUGAUUUCUGGGAGAACCAGUGACAACCAUACACUUUAAUUUCUGCCUUUUACGACUCCUGGUCUAAAUUCUUACAAUCAUGUUGAUUUCAUGUACGAUCACACUGACUUUUAUCUUUUUUAUGUGUCCGCGUGAUACACUGUAUAAUCAAAGUUAGAUUUUAUUUGUAGCGUUUCCCAGGGUUUUGAGGCUUCGACUGAUAUUUAAUGCCCCUGCUUUGAAUCUAUUUUUGCACACACUGUUUCCCAGUGAUCUUUGCCACCGUCACUCCGUCAUUAGCUCAGACUGGUCUGACAAGUCUGACCGGCCAGCCCAGUUAGGAGGGAAGCUGGCAGUCACACUUAACAGAAGUCUACGCAUUGUUUCCAAGGCAUGGGUACAGUACCCAACACAAAAGGACAGACGGAAUCCAUUAUUUUCAGUGGUUAACGCAGUCCUUCAGUGUUGUCAAGGCGAAGGCAUUUAAAUAAACACUCCUUACUCAUUCAGUCAGUCACUGAGCCUCUAAGUCUACGUUCACAUUACCAGGCUGAAUGUGACCCUAUUACUGGAAUGUGUGGAAACAGAACUCAAAAUUCAAAUCAGACUUUAGUAUGUGGUCCUAGAUUGGAUAUUUAUCUAAUAUGUCGCCAUGUGGCAGACGGUUGUUCCUCCCCACGUGUUUCACAGUCCAAAAAUGCGCUCUAUAUGUGGCCCUGUGACGGACUGGCGACCUGUCCAGGGUAUAUCUUGCCUUUCGCCCCAUGUCAGCUGGGAUUGGCCCCACCCCAUGCAGCUUUUUGCCUAUUUAUAUGCAUAAUGAGUGUUGUCGUCAAAGCCGAAACAAAAAUGGACGACAGUGCCUUCCUCUAGAGUUACAUCUUACCUACAAAUUUACAUACAAGUGCGUUUCCCACUUCAACACGGAACACACUGACGCAUGCAAUGUGUCUGGUAAAGUGAACGUAGCCUCAAACCUGUAUGAGAAGCUUCUGGUGACACACUAUUCUGUUUUAUCUGUUACAGGAGUGGAGGGUGCACAUAUGUAAAGUGAUAAAACAGUGUAUGGAAAUCUGUAAUAUAGUUCAUUUACAUGAUAUAGAUGGAUCCACUAAUGCAAAUGAUUUAACUGUACAGAGGGAAAAAGAAAAUCUCCAAUAAAGUUCUUUUUUUUGCUCUUUUAA